AUGGGCAAGAAGAAGAAACCCAGCGCCCUGUCGCACGAGGAGAUUUGGGACGACUCCGCGUUGGUGCGCUCGUGGGACGAUGCGGUGGAAGAGUACCAGACAUAUCAUAGCAUCCACGCCCGCGGCGAGAAUGUCGAAGAGGCACUGGAGCGCGCGGAAAAUGAGGGGUUAAGUGAAGUUGCUGAAGGCGAGACGAUGGAUACUGCUGGUCAGGAUGGGGGUGGUACGGAGCGCGCUGCGUCUGAACAGUCUCAAGCUGGGGUAUUGAACAAGGGAGUCCCGCCGAACAUGCCUGAUAGCGUGUUAGGGCAAGUCCAGGACCCGGCGCUGAAGAACCUCAUGAUGGCGUGGUACUAUGCUGGUUAUUACACUGGGCUGCACGAGGGCCGGCAGCAGGCAUCUCAGUCUGCUCAUACCAACAAAUAG